AUGGGGACGUGGCUCAUCAAGAAAAAGAGGGAAAUGAUUGACACUGUGUACGAGGUCAACCGAGUGAAGCCCCUGGGCUCGGGCUCUUCCGGGACGGUCUUCGUGGGGAAGCACCUGAUAACGGGCCAGAAAAGGGCCAUCAAGGCCAUCCCCAAGCAUCGGGUCAAAGACCCCAAAACUUUCAUGCAAGAAAUCACCAUCCUGCAGCGCAUGGACCACCCCAACAUCGUCAAGCUGUUCGAGGUGUUCGAGGAGACCGCCUACAUCUACCUGGUCAUGGAGCUGUGCACGGGGGGCGAAUUGUUUGAGAAGAUCAUCUCGCUGGGUCGGUUCUCGGAGCGGGAGGCGCAGGUUAUCUUCACGGAUAUCAUGUACGCACUGGCCUACUGCCACGACCACGGCGUAGUGCACCGGGACAUCAAGCCCUAGAACUUCAUCUACCUCAGCCAGGACCCCUCCUCGCCCAUGAAGGUCAUCGACUUCGGGCUGUCGCACCAGCUGUCCUCCCGCUCGCAGGUCAUGACCUCGGUGGUAGGGACUUCCUACUACAUCGCGCCUGAGGUGCUGGAGGGGUGCUACACGUCGGCCUGCGAUAUAUGGUCGGCAGGGGUGGUGCUGUACAUUCUGCUGACCGGACAGCCCCCUUUCGACGGGGAGAAGGACACUGACAUCAUCGAGAAGGUCAAGACUGGCACCUACGACUUCAAGAUCCCUGAGUUCCGGCAUGUGACGAGGGACGCCAAAGACCUGAUCUCGAAGAUGCUGGUGAAAAACACAAAGAAGAGGCUGACGGCAGGCUAGGUGCUGGCGCACCCUUGGAUCCGCAGGCCGCUGGAGGCAGGCCCAACGACCAUCAACUACGACUGCCUGCGUUCUUUCGCGGACUGCACCAAACUCAAGAAGAUCGUGCUGACCUACAUCGCCACCCAGCUCGGCGAGAGCGACAUCGAAGAGCUGUCAGUGAUGUUCAAGAAACUAGACGUGAACGGAGACGGAGUGCUGUCCAAGGAGGAAGUGAUGAACGGCCUGAGGGGGCUCAACAAGUCCAACCAUGAGAUCGAGAGGACUAUCAACGGCCUCGACACGGACCGGUCCGGGGUCAUCGAGUACACCGAGUUCAUUAGCGCCUGUCUGGACAAGCAUUACUACCAGCGGGAGGAGACCCUGAUCAGUGCGUUCCGGAUGCUAGACGAGGAUGGCAACGGCCGCAUCAGCCGACAAGAACUCAAGAAGGCCAUCGAAGGCGAACCCUCGGUCGACUCCCGGUCCGAAGAUUUCUACGCCUCGAUCAUCCGGGAGGUGGACCUGGACGGGGACGGCCAGAUCAGCUACACGGAAUUCAUCUACUACCCCGGCUGCCAGGCGUUCUUCUGCUGCGAGCUGGAGGAGUGCGUCACGGCGCAUCGCCACACCCUCGGCAUCAGUGUGGUUGAUGUCGAGGAGCUGAGGACCAGCUGCCAGGCCCUCCGCAGCAAGACGCUCGAGGUGGCGGACCGCACCUACGAGGAGGUCGACCAGCUGUUCGACACGCUCAAGGAGGCCAUGAUGAUCAAGAUCGACGAGCAGAAGGACCAGGCCUACUUGCUGAUCGAGAAGAUGACCUUCCACCUUGAGGAGAACAGCACGGCCAUCUCGGCCAACCUGGCCGCCCUCGAGCGCAGGGACUUCGCGGCACUCGACCAGCCCACCCUGCUGCUCAUCAUCAACAGUCUCCAGCGCCCCCAGCAGGAGGACGAAAUCCUCAGCCGGUUCGACUAG